AUGGCGUAUAACAAGGGUUUCAAUCCAGACAGACUGCCCAUGCAUGCAGAGCCUGAGCAGGCUGCUCAAGCAAUGGCGCAAAGCCAACCCCCGCCAGGCUCAAGGCCUCCUCGCACCAGCUCAGCGCGCCCGGAAUACAACAAGCCCACGCCAUCUGUACCUAGCCAGCGAUACGAUCCUCGCCCAGACGAACGUUAUGGCGGCGGGGGUGGGCGCGGCGGCGGGGGAGGCUAUGAGAGCCGUCCCCCACCAGGCGCAUUUCAGGACUCACGAUAUGACGGCCGCGCGAGCAGUGAUCGCUACGACACCAGGCAUGACCCUCGCUAUGGAGUUGGAUCGCCUCCACCAGCGAAUUAUGGUCAGGGACCGCCGCCGCAAGGUUAUCAUGGACGACCGCCGAUUGCGCAACAGGCGCGGCCGCCGCCCACGCCUGCGCCGCCAAGAGAUGCGAAUGAUCGGGAAGCGCUAUGGAGACUGUUUGGCGCCGUGGACAAAGACAACAACGGCAGUCUCACCGAAGCCGAACUGCGAACCGCCCUUGUAAACGGCGACUGGUCCCCCUUUGACCCGCACACUGUCCGCAUGAUGAUUCGAAUGUUCGACACUGACCGCUCGGGUUCCGUCAACUUUGAUGAGUUCUGUGGCCUUUGGGGGUUCCUCUCCGCCUGGCGCGGCCUUUUCGACCGCUUUGACGCCGACCACUCCGGUAGCAUCUCCUUCGCCGAGUUCAACGAAGCGCUCGUUGCCUUUGGAUACCGCUUGAGUCAGCAGUUUGUGUCACUGUUGUAUACAACCUAUGACCGCGGUGGGCAGAACGGGCUGAGUUUUGAUUUAUUUGUUCAGGCUUGCAUUAGUCUGAAGAGGAUGACGGACGUAUUUAAGAAGUACGAUGAGGACCGGGAUGGCUACAUUACGUUGAGUUUCGAGGAGUUCCUCACAGGUGCGCAAGCUUUAUUCCUAUUCAACUCGAUCUCCGCCCAGACUGAUACCGGCUUCUAUUAG